UCUGCGCCGUCUUGGUACCAGUAUAUCAGCUUCCAAGGUUUGGUCCUAGCCCAUGCCCUCGAGCUUCGCGCCGUCGUCGUCCAAGAAGCAGCCCGGCGGCUUCACCACCACCACCAGCACAGCUCCCCACUCCAUUGAACAAUAUCUUAAAGCCAGCGUCCCCUCACUCAUCAAGUCUUGCGCCACUCGCCAGGCAUCUUGCUCCCAACAGUGAACCCCUGGCUGGCCGACAAGAUUCUGUUUGACAUCGACGACGGCGAACAACCAGCAGCCAUGGCCUGCCCUUCCACGCCUUGCGAUAUCGCAAAGUACCCGGAUUACUGCCAAUACAAUCCCUUCGGCCCAAGCGCAAACUGCACACUCGAUGUCUGCUGUCCAGAGUAUAGCGUCUACGCCUACAUCCCCGGAAUGCCCGCCAAUUUCAUCUUCCUAGUCGCCUUCUCCGGUGCCAUGGCCGUACACAUCCAUGCUGGCUGGUUGUACAAACAGUGGUGGUUCGUGGGCUGUAUGGUCGCCGGCUGCUUGGACGAGGUCUUUGGCUACGUGGGACGUGUGAUCAUGGCUCGGGACCUCUGGAACUUCAAUGCCUUCAUGGUCCAAGUCGUCUGCAUCACUACUGCGCCCGUCUUCUUCUGUGCUGCCAUUUAUGUUCUCGUCGCAAAAACAAUCUCGGCCCACGGCCAGAACUUCUUGCGUUUCAACCCCAUGCUCUACUGGAUGUUCAUUCCCUGCGACAUUUUCUCCCUGGGACUCCAGGCCGCCGGCGGUGCUGUCUCGUCCGUCUCGUCGGGCAGAAACAACUUAGGCGUCGACCUCGCCCUCGCCGGCCUCGCCCUUCAGGUCAUCACACUGGUCAUCUUCUGUGUCCUUUACGGCGAUCACCUGUGGCGGUACCUCAAGUCCGAGCAGUUCAGAGAGCGUGCCGGCAGACAUCAGUCAUUCGGGCGGAAGCUGAGGUUCUUCUAUACCUUUCAAUCGCUGGCAGUCGUCGCCAUCCUUAUGCGAUGUGUCUUCAGAUUGUUGCCCACAAUCCUCGCCGCCGUCUUCUUGCUUGUCGGCCAUCCGGGCCUCAUCUUUGGCAGUGGUAAUUCGUGGAGGUCCCCAAUGGCUUCGUCGGCUAAGGAGCAUGAGCUUAAGGAGCGUGAGCGUCAGGAGCGUAAAAGUGACGGGUCGGCCGAGUAG